UAAGAGGCGUUUUUAUAUAUGUGCCAUAAAUAGGUCAAAGAGGCUUUGUUACACAGCCACAUAAAAUACAGUUGAGGAAUUAAAAGGUCUCAUUUCGUGCGUUCGUAUGUGGACUGGCAUAUUUCUUUGACUGCAAAGUUCGCCAAAAAAGCAAGUUUACACAGUAGACCCACCAAAUUCUCCGCUUUUUUGAAUUGCUUUUGCUUUUCUUCCUGGGUUGAGAGUGGCCAUAGCUUUCCUUAUUGACAAUCUGUUUUUUUUAUUAACGCUCUUUUUUGAAUUGUAGAGAUUUGCUUGACGCAAUGUUCUCAGCUAAGAUGAUCUUGGUUUUUGCUAUGCUGCAAGGCUCGGCGACUGUCUUCGGAAAUCCUUUGUUUUCUGUAAUUAACAAAGGCCUAGAGGGAUGGCAGAAAACCCAUUGUGACCAACUGAGACGAUCCAGUGCAAACGAACAGUUCCCGUAUUAUUGUAAGCCAGGAGGAGUGACAGUAAUCUACGUGAACGUAGGGCCAGGGUGGGUCAAGACCAAUGGAAUUUCUUACCUUGGCGCCGUGCAGCAGAACGCAGACGUCAAAUUCAUAACGGAGCAAGAUGGCACCGGACAAAUACUGGCCAAGUUCAACGGUGCAAUACUUAAAUGUGAUGGCAUCUUCUCGAGGAAACGAAAGACAUGCACAAUACCAAAAGCUCUGAGACCAUGGUCUGGCGUUAUAACAGUGAAAAUAGGACGCCAUCCUUCGACCAGGUUUCUCAUGUCAGGCACACCAGUUUGCCUGAAUCCUGGUUUACAAGGUUACAAUUGCGACCAAGACAUCAACGAAUGCGUCGUACAUAAAGACAAACAGCUCUGUGCAUGGAAAGAUGGAUGCGUGAACACCUAUGGUGGAUAUAAAUGCAAGUGCCCGCCAGGUUAUAAAGUUUCGCCACAGGACUUUCGUCUCUGUGUGCCAGACGUUCCGAAGAUCUUAAGCCCUCCACAAAAUUUCAUAGUCAAGUUUUUCCAGACUGCGACCCUCCCCUGCCGCUACAGUGCUUCAGGCCCAGUUAUCAUUAAAUGGCAAUUAGCCAACAGGAUUAUCGCCAUAAAGCAACUAAAUGGUGCAAAGCAAACUCUUAGCCCUCGUCUGACGCUUCAUGACAAUGGAGACCUGUCAAUCAAGAAUGUGACUUAUGGGGACGCUGGGAGAUUUUUUUGCGUUGUGCAGAACGCCUAUUUUGGUGCCUACGUCGCACACAACCUUAAUAUUCAGUCACGGCCACUCGUGGACGCUCUUUUUCUGGUCAACGGCAACCGUACCAGAAGUCACGUGUAUCGAGUUGGAGAUAACGUCACUAUUGACUGUCUUGUGAUAGCCAUGCCAGUGCCCACUGUGACCUGGAGUUAUGGUCAGCAGACAAUCACAACAACAGCAAGAACUAAGGUGAUCCUUAGUAAACUUCCGAACUUGCCCCUGAACUUGGCAGGCGCCUUGCAACUGCAGCUCCGCAUUACUGGAGUCAAGCAUGCCGACACUGGUAUCUACAACUGCACGGCUAAAAACCGUCAUGGCGUUACAACCAAGACAAUCAAACUGACUGUCACGAAGUAGACGGCCUACAGAGCAUACUAAGUUGAAUAAAACAACUUUAACGCAGAAAUUAAUGGUACUUUGACUAAGUUAAAACAAGAUAUAACUGUCACGCAAUAGAGUAAUUAACCUACAUGGUGUCACACAGCUGUCAUGCAGUAACCACUAGUUAUAAUAUUACAGUGUGUCGUAAAAUAUAAGAUCGAAGUAAAUAAAAUGCCAGUUAGUUUACCUUGCGUAUCAUUUGCCGUCAUUAUCGACAUUCUCCAUUAUUUCUUGAUCCGACAAUCUGCCGAAAGACUCGGGACCAUUACAAAAAAACAUUUCAAUCUUCCGUAAGAAAAACGAUGGCGACUGGUAGAUUUACCCAUAAUUCUUAGCCCACGGAAACUUAACGCUCAUAAAAACAUUCAAAGUUCUACAAUCUUCAAACCUAGUACUUUAAGAGCUUUAUUGUUUUAGGGCUAGGGGCAUUGUUUCUGUUGUUUGUUUUAUUGUUCUCUCAAAGGGUAGCAAGCCAUUCAUGUGAAACCUUACGACAGCUGCCACAUCACCCUUCCCAUGAGCUGCACUCUCAACCUAAAAUCUUGUCUAGUUACUAGGCCUCGACAUUUUGUCUCGGUAAAUCGUUUUCGGGUCACGUGGUCCGAAAUUAAUUCAUCGUGAAGGCCUAGGAAAAAAGCCAUUCAGGAAGUACGCCGAACUACGCAACCUAAAACCAACGUGAAGAAAGAGGGUUCUAGGAAGUCACUGGUUUGAAAUUCGAAGUCCUACUCGAACUCAAUUUCGUAAUCAAAGGUCCCUAACAACCUCUUGCAAACCGAGCACAAAGGCGGUACUAGGGAAUAUUGACCUGGGAUCAUGGCAGUACGGACCGCGAGUGCAGCGAGUACGGCUCGAGAAAGCCAGGAUAGAAAGUAGUUUAUUAUAUUGCACUCGGACCCUGCUUGAUUCAGUUUCUACAUCAGAAGUUUUCAGAUCUUCGGAUAAUAAAAUGCGCUUGGUGAAUAGUCGUCUCAGUCUUUGUCCAUGUUGUAAGGAGCUUACAACAGCUGGUUGAGGAGGCGGCGUCGCCAUCCUCCACCUGCUAUCGAAAUUUGUUCCCGGUAAGUCCCGAGUUCAACUCCUCGACCGCGUUGUGUAAAUAUUCAGCUGGUCAGCC